CGGGGAGGCUGCGGGGGCGCCGUGGCGGAGCCGUUGAAGGAGCGAAGCUCUCUCGACAGAGCCCGGCGCUGCCCCGCGUCGCCUCGCCCGUCGCCGCCGCCACCGCCACCACCGCCCCGGGGCGGGCCGUCGCGGCGGGUGGAUGCCCAGCGCCUAGCGGGCACCGCCGGGGCGGGGACGCACGGACGCCAUGGGCUGCUGCAGCUCCGCCGCGCAGAGCUCCAAACGAGAAUGGAAGCCUCUGGAGGACCACAGCUGUACAGAUGUACCAUGGCUGCUCUUGUUCAUCCUCUUCUGCAUAGGGAUGGGCUUUAUCUGUGGCUUUACAAUAGCUACAGGAGCAGCUGCAAGACUGCUUUCAGGAUAUGACAGUUAUGGAAAUAUCUGUGGACAGAAAAAUGUCAAGGUGGAGGGAAUAGCCAACAGUGGUCUGGACCUCACACAGAAGAAGUAUGUAUUCUUCUUGGAUCCAUGCAAUAUUGAUCUGGUACAUCAGAAGAUCAAAUCUCUUGCUUUGUGUGUAUCGGCUUGCCCAAGGAAAGAACUAAAAACUUUGGCUGAUGUUCAGAAAUUUGCAGAAACUAAUGGAUCUACUCUGUGUAGCUAUGAACUACUGCCAUCAGAAUAUACAACAGAUCCAAGGGCUGCCAAGUUGUGUCCUAAAUAUCCUGUUCCAGAGAGUGCACCUAUUCCAUUCUUCCAUCGCUGUGCUCCUGUGAACAUUUCCUGCUAUGCCAAGUUUGCAGAGGCCCUGAUCACCUUUGUCAGUGACAGUAGUGUCUUACACAGGCUGAUUAGUGGAGUUAUGACCAGCAAAGAGAUUAUAAUGGGACUUUGCUUGUUGUCACUAGUGUUGUCCAUGAUUUUGAUGGUUAUAAUCAGGUACAUUUCAAGAGUACUUGUCUGGAUUUUAACAAUUCUUGUCAUUCUAGGAUCACUUGGUGGUACAGGAGUCCUGUGGUGGCUCUAUGCUAAAGAACGAAUGUCUGCCAGUACUGUUGAGACUCAAAUAGCCAAAGAAAAUCUUCAGGCUCUCCUGAUCUAUGCCAUUUCAGCUACUGUCUUCACGGUUAUCUUGCUGUUGAUAAUGUUAAUUAUGCGCAAACGAGUAGCUCUCACUAUUGCCUUGUUCCAUGUGGCCGGCAAGGUCUUUAUUCACCUGCCACUGCUAGUCUUCCAGCCAUUUUGGACAUUCUUUGUUCUUAUCCUCUUCUGGACAUAUUGGACCACAGUCCUACUUUUCCUUGGUACUACAGGCAAUCCUGUCCCAAAUGAAGAAGGAUUUGUUGAGUUUCGGAUGACAGGCCCCCUGAAGUACAUGUGGUGGUACCACGUAGUAGGACUCAUCUGGAUCAGUGAGUUUAUCCUAGCCUGUCAGCAGAUGACAGUAGCAGGAGCUGUUGUGACGUACUAUUUCACAAGGGAGAAAAGGAAUCUGCCAUUUACUCCUAUCCUGGCAUCUGUUAACCGCCUUGUAUGUUACCAUCUAGGAACAGUUGCAAAGGGGUCUUUCAUUAUCACAUUGGUGAAGAUACCACGAAUGAUUCUUAUGUAUAUUCAUACACAACUCAAAGGAAAAGAAAAUGCUUGUGCUCGCUGUAUGCUUAAAGCCUGCAUCUGCUGCCUUUGGUGUCUAGAAAAGUGCCUGACCUAUUUAAAUCAGAAUGCAUAUACAGCCACAGCUAUCAACAGCACCAACUUCUGCACCUCAGCAAAGGAUGCCUUUGUUAUUCUAGUGGAGAAUGCUUUGCGAGUGGCUGCCAUAAACACUGUUGGGGAUUUUAUGUUGUUCCUUGGAAAGGUCCUGAUUGUCUGCAGUACAGGUUUGGCCGGGAUUAUGUUGCUGAAUUAUCAACGAGAUUACACUACCUGGGUGCUGCCUCUCAUAAUUGUCUGCCUCUUUGCGUUCCUGGUUGCUCAUUGCUUCCUUUCCAUUUAUGAAAUGGUUGUUGAUGUCCUUUUCUUAUGUUUUGCCAUCGAUACAAAAUACAAUGAUGGAAGCCCUGGGAGGGAAUUCUACAUGGAUAAAGUUCUCAUGGAAUUUGUGGAGAAUAGUAGGAAAUCUAUGAGAGAAGCUGGCCGGGGAGGUGGAGCUGAGGGCAGAGAGCUAAAACCAAUGGCCUCUGGAGCAAGUUCAUCUUGAAACUAGCCAGCCAUAUUGGAACCCAUUGACAUUCCAAAACAAUAUAUAUAUACAUAUAUAUACAUAUAUAUAUAUAUAUAUAUAAAUAAUCAGCCAAAAUCAGAGAAAAGGAACAGGGAUUUAAUACUUUUUUUAACAAUUAUUUUUGUGAAACAUGUACUCUUUUCAUACGGGUGGCUUUUACAAGCAGCUUUAUCAUUGUUCCAUUUUUUUUAAUUGAUUCAUUGUAGUCACAGAAAUGUUGAUUCUUAUCUGCUUGAUAUUUCACAAUCUGGAGGAGGAAUCAUUGUAAAGAUAAUUUUAAUGAUGAUUGGGUUUAGAGACAGAUUUCCUAUGACAUGGCUAAUCUGCUGAGAGCUUUUUGUUUAGUUUGUGUAAAUUUGCAUUAAAUCUAGGAUAGCUACACAUAAGCAAAACAUUCAAAUCAAGAACAGUAUUAAAUUAGCUUUUUAAAAGGUAGUUUUAGUGCAAGUUAAUUCAGUUCUAACUGGUUUGUAAGCAGUCAUUUUAUUUUACGGCCCUGGCAGGGCCCCAUUUUGUUUAUCAGUAUCAGAUAUCACAAUAACCAACUCCUCAGGUAUUCACAUGUGUGGGAGCCCUUGCAUCUCCUAUUCAGCAGAAACUAGAAAAUGGGGAAUAAUGAUUUUUAUAUGCAAUUUACUUCGUGUUUUACCCUACUUACCCUCUUACCAAUUCCUCCCCCCUGCCCUGCCCCAAAUUCAGUAGCCUCCUUCAAACGUCAACAGUGCUCCUUUAGGGACAUAGAUUCUCCAUAUGAGCAAUUCAAAGAACAGAUUAUUAAAGCUCAGUCUUAGUCAUACUCAUGAUUAAUUCAUGACUUGAUGUAAACAUGCUGAGGAUGGAAGGAGAAAUGAACUGUAAUACUGUACAAACAAGUACUCUAUAGUUCAUUUCAUUUAAUGUCAGAGAGGUUUGGGAUGUGUAAGGGACCAUUCCUUGCCUAUUGUUUCACCCAUAUUUCUAUGUACUGUAGCAGGUGGUUAAAACAGGAAAGGGCAGAUAUACAUUUAUUUGGAAGUGUAACUGCCUGGGAUAGUUAUUUGAAGUCAUCGAAUAAUGAUAAGAGAACGUGUUUUGUUUUGUUUAUUUUAAAAAAAAAAGAAAGAAAGAAAAAGCAGCAGUAGUAUGGUUCUGAGAUAAUUGCAUUUCUUUCAGUCUGGAAGUUCACCAGAUAUGAAUGCUAAUAUUUUGUUCAGCCUAAUGUUAUGGUAAAUGGUUAAAAGUGUAUUUGCUAAGAAUUCAUGCUCUGUCAAUGCUAUAUAGUCCUUUUGUUACAAUUUUUUUAAGAAAACUAUUUUUGUUAAUGUAAAGUUAAUACUUCAGAGCAGAAUUUUUAAACUUAUUGCACUAAAUAUAAGCUCUGUACAAAUAAAUAAUGCCUCAAUGGUUUGAUCACUCCAUUCAAGAAAAGCUUUUGAAAGAGAAAAGCCCUUCUGUGGAAGCUUUGCAAUGGAGUGGAGAGGUAUGUCUAGUCAAAGAAACUCAGUUGUACUUAUGGUUUAAAGAAUAAGCAGUUCUCUGUGCUUCGUUUCAGAGGAUCAGGCGUUUGAAAAAUAGAGUGUCAUGUAACUAAUCAGUGCUCUUACCUCUUGGCAAUAGUGAAAUGUUUCACCUUUGCUUCUAGAAGUCGUUUGAUACUUACAUUUGUUUAGUUUUCUUUCAGUAAGCCAAUUAAAAAGACUUACCGUUUUCAUAUCACAGAAACCAAACUGUAUGAAAAGAAAAUAAAAAUAUGUUUAGAGGUGGUAACUGCUGGGGAGAUGGGAAGACAGAAUUACCCAGUCUUGCAAGCACUAGACACUUGUUUAACCAAAUCACAUCAGCUCCACUGAGUUCAGGAGGCUGUCUAAAGUAGUGAAAUUGUAAGAUACAUUUGUGUGUACGUUAACUGAACUAGAACUUCAGCCUGGGAUUCAGACUGGAGCACUGUCUGGUGAGGCCUCUCAAGGUGAGCUAGAAGUCAGGCUAUUUAGAAGAAGCCCUGUAACAGCCUUAAGCUUGUGGAGAGAAAGCAUUCCUGCUGUUAAACCUGUUGCUAAAGCUUCAGUUGCACUGAACACUGUUGUCUGUGUAGAUCAGUGGGGUUUAGCACAGAAAUUUAAAAACUGGCUCAUAUGAAUCCUAGAAACUGGAUUCCAAGGCUAAGAGACUUCUCACAUACCCAGUUGCUUCCAGAGAACUGUAAUUUCCAUCUUGUUGGAAAUUAUUGGAGGUGCUUUGAUCAAAGCCUUGGAUUCUGCUCAUUUUGACAACAAAUAUCUGCCGUGACAAGUUCUGCAAGUUUGUGCUCUCUGCUCACUGGAAGUGGGAGCUUUUCUCUGCAAUCGCAACUAGAACUGCAAUUGGAAACAAAUUUUGUAUUUUUGUAUGACUUGACUGUGCACCAUUUUUAUAGCAGUUUAUCCUGUUUUAAGAACAAAUUUGAUUUAUUUACAUGGUGUUUAAGAGAUACAGGCAACACUUUUCUAUGGUAGCUGUAAAGUUUAAGUGACAAACCUAUAUCAUUACAGAGUUCUUAAUAAAAUCAUAUGUACCAUUCUUGUGUAUCUGGCAUGCUGAGCUUUUCAGUCAUGCCGAACUGCAUUCCAUCAACAUGCAGGCUUUCCAGUGGCCCUUCAAAGCUUUUGAAUGUUCUUUGAGGUGAAUUGCAACCAGAUUGCAAGCUAUCCUCUUCCAGUGUGGUCUUGUGCAAGGAGAUAAGUAGAAGAUUGGAGUCUAAAAAAACUUUUCAGGACAAGCCUAAACUCUGCUUUCCUCCCUUAAUGGGAGUAGUGGAGAGCACUUGAACUGUAAAUCCGUAGUUGGAGUAAAGGUGCUAGGGACUUCCAAUUGAGAUGGAUUAAAUACUCUUUUUGGCAUCAGUAUAUGGACUGCUUUGUGGGAAGCAGUCUGCACCACUUAGACUGUUCUGCACUGGGAAUAACACUGCAGGAGGAGGAGAUACAGAAAUAAUCUCCUUGGAAAGCCCGCUGAACCAAGCAGUGCGUGAGGACUGGUGAUUUGAGCCAGUAUAGUUACUGGUUCCCAGCACUUGGUUUCUGCAGACAGUCUGGCACAUAGCAUCUAAUCAGCUAGGCUCCAAAGGUAAAAAGCUUGCUGUUCUUUUAAUUGUUUAAUUCUUUUUAUUUUGUUAUCCUCCAUCUUAUUUGGAGGCUGAGCAAUGUAUUAUUGUUGCUUUGGCAGAGGUUUGAACUAGAUAAGGUCCUUUCCAACCCCUGUGAUUCUUUCAACCUUAAAGAAUCUUUGUUCUUUUAGCUCUUGUUUCUGUAUUGCUCUUUCAGUGAAGGAGUACCAAGCGGCUGAGUGUCAGCUCCCCCUGUCCCACUGAACUUAGCCCAUGCCUUCUCACCUUCCCAAGGCAAUGAUAUCACCUGGACUGAAUGGGAGGGGGAGUAGGUGCAGAGCUGAAAUUCUGAGAUGUUUUUUUGUGUGUGUUUGUAGUACCACUCCAUCACUGUGCUUGCUGUGAUUAGGAGUGAAAUGCAUUACUUCCACAAUUCCAGUGCUGCUCUGCAGCUAAGCUCAGCACGUGGUAUGGCCAAUUUAGAACUGCAUCUUCAGCCUUCCAUGAGCUUUUGUCUGUACUCCCACCUGCCAAAAACAAGAUUGGGUUUUACGUGUGGCCUUAGCUUGGUGUGGUAAGCCAAGGAUGUUCAGUGUAAGGAAGCAUGUCCUAGAAUGGACAACAUCAAGUGGAAAACCAAGUACAUACUGUCAUGGGGUUUACCCUGCCUGCCAGGUAAGCCCUAGUCCCUUUGUGCCUUCCUUUCCAGGAGGACUGGGGGAAGAAUCAGAAUGUGGGUUGUGGUAAAGACAGUUCAUUAAAUAAUGGGAAAAAAUCAAGGGGAAAAAAAAACAACAUCAACCAAGUGUUGCAAAGGCAAUCACUCACCACGUCCCGCCAGCAGACUGAUGCCCAGUCAAUCUCUGAAUAAUGGCUACUUUGGAAGACUCUCUCCCUCCCCCUGUUUUUUUGUUUUGUUUUGUUUUGUUUUCUGAGUGUGAUAUUCCAUGGCACAGAGUAUUUUUUGUGUGGUUUGGGCCAGCUUUCCCAGCUGUGUCCCUUCUUAGCCCUUGCCCACCCCCAGCCUUCUCUGCAGGAAGGGAGAGACAGAGAAGGCCAUGACCCUAUGGGAGCACCGCUCAGCAGUGGGUUUGUACACUGUGUGCUACCAACGCUGCUCUGAUCACAGAUCUAAACACAGUACCAUAUGGGCUCCUGUAAAGAAAAUUAUCUCUGUUCCAGCCAAAUGCAGCCCCCAGGUCCACUUACCUAACUGUUAACCCAAGACUCACUUCCCACAUUUCUGUACAGCACCUUCUCAGGGUGGUUACUUCUUUCUGAAAGGGCUUUUUUCAGAGUAGGCAAUGAGUCUGCUCCACAGUGCUCCCAUUAGGGAGGGAGCAGGGUAUGCUGACUCUUACUCUUUCAGCACAAAAUGGGGAUGUAAAGCAGAAAUGAGCCCUGUCUGUAUAGCGUCCUGGCAACUGAGCAGCCAGCGCUGAAGACAACAUAUUUAAUGUGCCCUCAGGGCCUGCACUUUAGUGGUUUGCUCUGAGUAGUUAUGAUGUAUUCUAUGAAUGUAUGUUACAGAGUCAGAAUAAAUGCAUGUAGCAGACAUAUACUCAUCAUCACCAUCCAGUGAUCAUUUGGUUCUGAAUGCAUAUUACAUCAUGUAUUGAACAUGGCACAGUCAUUUUAAGAAACGUUAGAGUUUAAAAGUAGAUACCUAAUGGUGCACAUCCCAGUUUUGUAAAUCAUGGCUUUGCCUGUGCAGAUACUGUUUACUAAAUCUGAACAUCUCAAGCCCAUUGUUUCUUGAACAGCUUGUGUGUCACGUUAUCACUACUGAAGUUCUGUUUCAUCUUUGUGAAAAAACAUAGCUCCUUCCCAAAGGAGGAAACUCCUUCCCCUCCAUGGAAAAAAAUACUGUUUCAUGGAACAAAACCCAACAGACUUACAUGAAGCAUUUCUUGUGCUCAGCUUUUUGUUGGGACAAUGGAAGUUUACUCCAAAUAUUAAAUUUUUUCAGUGCUCUUCCAACUGUUUCACCUCUGCUGUUAUUUCCAUCACAUUACGAGAGAGAUAAUGGAGAUUAGUAACUUUAUAUUUCUUGUGCUCUGUAGCAAAUACUGUUCUCAAGAUUUUUUUUUAAAUAUAUUUAGAGAGAUGAGAGAAGAGAUGAGUUUUAUCUCUUGUGAUGUGGGUCAUACACAGAAGGCAGAAUUUCUGGUCUGGGAUGGAACUGUGAGGUAUCUUGCAGUGUUUGCAAGCUGAUGCAACCAAGCCAAAGCUCUUUAGGGACAUUAGGAUUAUGAGAAUAUUUCCAGGGAUAAUAGGUAGCACGAAUCCAUCUAAAAUAUCCAUUGGGAGGCUAAAAUACUUGGCAUUCAUUUGAGAGAAAUCAGCUAAACCAGAACUAUAGAAAACUAAGAAACUUCGUCACAUUCUACUCCCUUGUCUCACUGAAGCCAUCACAUGAUAUAUGAAUAUACUGAGCACAAUUUGGUAUUUUAAGCAUUUGGUAAUUAUCUGGAAAAUUGUAGGGCUCCCUCCAGAGUCAAACUUGCAAGAAUUUUGAGCUGAAGUAAUAGGUAACUGCAGAAUUAGCCAAAUGUCUGAAGUUUCAGAGACACCUCUGGCAUCUCUGAAGUAUUUUAGUAGCAGUGGUGGCUGCCACUCCUCAAGUGUGCCAUCUCUCCCCUCUUGCUUGAUUGAAAUAUGGGCAGGUAAUGACUACUUCAGAAAGGAGUGUGAUUGUGAAGCUGAAGACUCCUGAAAUCCAGCGAAAGCUGAGCACUGACUGGAGUCCCUGUGAAACUCAUGAUUUUUAACUUAAAAAUAAUUACUGUAUGUGCUCCGGUGUUGGUACUGGAUAGAUCCAUCCCUGCUCAAACUGAAGAGUAUCUCCUUAGAAAAACAAAGCAGCUGUGGGAUCAUCUGUCUGGAGGGGGAGAGGAGGAAGAACACAACAAAAGUUUGUUUUGUUGCUAAUAUGGGCCAGGGAGCAAAUGCCAGAGGCCAGUGGAGCCAUGGAGAGCAGAGUUUCACAGGUAGAAAAUAGUUCACAGAAUCUUCAUAGUAAAGAAAAUUCAUGUUCCAUUUCACAGACAUCUCACAGCCAUGUCCCCUGUGCCCUGCUUUUAUUUUGCUCUUCAGAGCAAGAAAGGUGUAAUCUUACGGAAAGGAAUUAUUUUUAUACUUUGGAUUGUGUUGCUGGUUACAGUAACUGUGAUAAGGAAAAAGGAAAAUCUUCCAAACAAAUGUUAAAGGCUUGACAGUACUCAAAAAAAUUCUUGUGUUGUCAUAGCCCAUCAAAGCUUCAUGUAAAAAAAGAGUUUUUCAUCCUCUUUCACUCACAGUUCUAACAGGGAAGUUAAACCCCUGAACUGGUUGAAUAAUGUACAUUCAACUAAAAUAAAUUAACAACUGCUUCAUUUUUCCAGUGGAAUGCCACCUCCUUUUGGAAUGGGAAAAAUAAAUGUGAGACUGUUUAUUGUUGUCUGAGAACUAGAAAUGUCUUAUACUGCAAGCUGUGAAUGCAGGAAGAGAAGGGAAAUAUAACAGUGCUGAUCUAAUCUUAGAUUUUCUGUGUAAACUGACAUUGUGCCAGAAUACUGAUGCAAAACUGUAUUUUAGUCUAAGAAAUGUAUAGAUUUUUUAAUGUAUCAAAAUAAAGUUUGUUUUUUGG